UUUCUUUUUUCUUUUACUACUAUCUCCUACCAAACUUACGUUGUUGACGUAGCAUGCUCUUCUCUUACACAGGACAAGUUGUGCUGUAAAUACGCAACAGCGCCUCCUAUGGUCAAAGCGUAUAGUAGUACUGAAUCUCCAUGGCAACAGCGAGUAACUACUGUUACUUGUGGAUAACUAAACCGAGAUUUGUGGCGUUUCUGCGCGACGUUAGCUUUGACUUUUAUAUAAAAUAAGUUGGGUCAGUGUUACAGUUUACGGUAGGGCACUGUAUUCACUUCGUUUCAUUUAGCUUUUCUUUUUUAGAUAAUUUCGUAGCAACGAAUUAAAAAAGCCAACCGUUUAAAAGUCGUUGAAUUUGCGCUUAUUAGCUUUGGAAUCCUACCGUUGAUGGCGUGGCCGCCUGGCAUUCCUUUAAAUAGACAAGAAAGAUCCGAAACCAAUGAUACCCACAAGACCUCCGGGACAAAAGCCUGCUUUUGUAAGGCACAGAGUUAGAGAACUAGUGCCCCGUGAAUCGUCCUUCGGACAGGAAUUUGCUAUUCAGAAGACAUCAGAGGCUAGAGUUUUCACUUCUCCAUGGGACCUCUGCAUUGACAACAGCCUUAAAGAAGAUCCAUAUUUCGCCGUCGGUGGCGACACACCCAAAGUUCAGAUUCCUUACAUAACCAUCCCUGGACACGCUCCUCGACAGUUAGUGGAAGAGAGACUUCGUAGAGGAUACUUGGUUUUAGACUUACUUCAACUCCUGGCAACAAAAGGCAUAAAGUCUAACAACUUGAUGCCAGCGCUGCCAGACAAGCAAGAUGAUUCUGAACCUAAGUCAUACAAGCUGGUGUCACCCUUCCUUCCACUUGAGAUAUUUGACAAUGAUGAUUACGAAUGCCGGACACCGGAAAGCUGGCUUUCUAUGGGCAAAAACCAAAAAUGUCCUGAGCGAAAGCCUAUUCCUGCAUUGGCCUUGCUGCUUACUGAAAGUUCAUACCCUGAGUACAAAUGGCACUUAGUUGGGGUUCUUGACUAUUGUACGGAAAAAUGUCAGUACCUAGUGGAGGAGGUUCUUAAGGAGGAGAAGGAGGAGGAGAAGGAAGAGAAGAAGGAGGAGGAAGAGAAGGAGCAGGUGGAG